AUGGCUAUUCGAGAGCACUUCCGCCGCGCCAUGCGCUCCGAUGCUUCUACGUCAAACAUCAUCGACGCCAAUACAUCUGGAAAGAUCACAGCUACCAUGACCAAGUCCAGCCAGAACAGCGACAAGUCUGAUGUGUCAUCAAAGUCAUCUCUUGUCAACAAGCUGUCCCGCACUUGGACGUGGGGGUCCAAGGACAAAGACGCUACCAAGGAACGCAAGAGCAAGAAGGGAAAGAAGAUCACUCACCCCAGCGAGAAGCCCUUGACAGCCCAAAAUCUUCAACACCAAGAGAUGCUGUCUCAAUUCAGCUUCACCUUUGGUGCCUCUUCUCCUGAGCAGAUUGAAGAUGAUGACUUCCUGGGAGUCAGCCCUUGUUGCACACGAGCUCCUAGCGUUGUCAACUUCUCCCUGGAAGGUGACAGCGAAAGCGACGAUCAGACUUCUUCAUCUUCAUCCUCUAUCAAAUCAUCCUAG